CACCCAGCAGAGAGCACAGCUAUGGAAGAAGUGAACUGAUUUCAAAUCAGAAAGCCCAACUGUUCAGGGGAACAGGCUGGCUUGGCAGUAAGAUUUGAGUCAGCACCAGCGACAGCUCUGCAGUCCUCCAGUGUAGUGCAGAUCAGGUGGUUGCAGAGCCCCAGCUCGCAGCAAUACGAUGCAGCUGAAGAGGCAAGCACAGCCCCCAGACAGCAACUGUAGCUACUCUCCAGAAGGAGACGACCUCUAAGCUGCAAUCGUUCCGAGAUGAUGAUGUGCUGAGACUGCAGGGGAGACUCCGGCAGCAAUGGAAUACCAGAUAUUGAAUCCAUCUACCUGUCUGCUGCUCCUUCUGUUUUUCAUGCCCACUGUUUUGGGUGUCUGUCCCUCUAACUGUACAUGCUCAGGAAACGACAGGAAUGUGGACUGCUCGGGCAGGAACUUAACUGUGCUGCCACAUGGACUUCAAGACAACAUCACCUAUUUAAAUCUGUCCUUUAACCAGUUUGUAGAUCUGGAUCAUCAGCUAACCAGGUUCACCAAUUUGAGGACCCUUGAUAUUUCAAAUAACUGGCUCAAGAAUGUCCCUGCUCACCUGCCCAAGUCCUUAUGGGAAUUAUAUGCCACGAACAACAACAUUAAAGUUCUCCAGAAACUUGACACAGCUUACCAGUGGAAUCUUAGAGUGCUGGAUGUUUCCAGGAACAUGGUGGAAAGAGCUGUCCUGAUCAACAACACCCUGAGCAGUCUCAAGUUCCUCAAUCUCAGCAGUAACAAGCUUUGGACAGUUCCGACCAACAUGCCCUACAACAUCGAGACCGUGGAUCUGUCCAACAACUUCUUGUCCCAGAUCCUUCCAGGAACGCUGCUGAGACUACAGCACCUCACAAGCCUCUACCUGCACAACAACAAGUUCACCUACAUUCCCGACAAAGCCUUUGACCAGCUGCUUCAGCUGCAAGUGGUGACGCUGUACAACAACCCCUGGUCCUGCAGCGACACACAGAACAUCCUCUACCUGCUGCGCUGGGUGCAGGCGACGGCUGCCAGUGUCGUGGGGGCUCCCUGCGCCGAGCAGGCUGUGCUCUGGACGAGUGCCACCCCAACUGCAGCUGCUCCCACCCUGACAGACUCCAGCCUCAUGAUUAAAGGAAUGAAGGCAGCAGACCAAGCUACUCCUCCAGUGGCCACUGAACCAACCCAAAUGACAAAAAUGCACAAACAAUUCAAAGCCAAGGAGGUGACUCCCUUGGUGACCUUAAGCCAAACCGUAGUGUUCACGAGCACAGACCGGCCGCUGCUCCUCUACCCAGAAGCCCUGCCCACCAGGCAGGUGAGCUCUCAAGAAGCAGCUGCCACACACACAAUCUACAUCAGAGACCCAACUGAGGUCAACUCGAGCCUGACUCGCUCCACAGGACCAUCCACAACUCCUAUGACUUUGAGUAUCACCAGUGGAAUGCCAGCAAACUACUCCAGAACGCCUCAAAGCACAACUGCUACCUUAAGGAAAGAGGAAUCCACCACCAAUGCCCUGAACACUCGUGUGCCCUCCACAGCCAGUGGCUGUCAGCUCUGUUUGGUGUCUCUUGUGAUGCUUAAUGCAGUGGCAGUGCUUGCUGGCUAAGGGCCCGCAGCCUGUGCAAACGAUCCACCUGGUUGCUGUGACAGGGAGCUGGAGUUGAGAGAGCUGAAAUUGAAUCAAGAAAUUCCAAGUUCUGACUCUGAGCUGAAGAAAAUAACAAUUCUUCACUUACAGAAGUGCACACUAAUGUCUCAAGACUAAGCUGCUACUUAUUUUACUAUGUCUUAAUGGAGUCAAUCUAACCUAUGGUUUUGUUUUUACCAAUUGUGCUUCUUUUGUAUUUCGAUUUUUAAUUUCACUUGCACAGAAUAAACCAUUCUCAACUUUCAGUACUGAUCUUCUGUAUGAGUUUUGUCAUUAAACUACUGGAAAAAACAAAGCAAAAAUAGAAAUAAAUAGAAGGCCUGUAUCAUAUCUGCAUUGUCCUGCUUGACUUGCCAGUGAGCAAUCCUUGUAAUAUAGCAGCACAGAUCCUUUGGAAGUUGUGAUGAUGUGCAAAAGGAAGGGGGGAAAAAAACAAACCAUAAAGGAACUAAACCUAGCUGCUGCACUAACCAGAAGUUAUCCCUCAGCAUGUGUAGCUAUGUCUGCUUCAUAUCUCUUAGGAUAUUUUCAAUAUGAAGAGCAAGAGUUUUGAAUGUAGGAAUUCACUAUGACAAUGGCAGAAUGUCUACUACGAGGGGGGGUGGGGGUGGAACUGAGAAGGCAACGUGGUCCAAAACGUCAGCAUGGGGAAAAAGUGGUAGGGGGCUGAUAAUCUCUUUGUGCUCUGCCUUGACUUAGACUGCAGGCAAGUUAUUUCUCACUCUCCAUACUUAAAGGAAAAAGAUAAAAGUAGAGGAAAACCCACAAGAUGUUCAAUGCCAUGACACCCUCCAGCAACAAGGAGCCACCUACACAAAUAAACGACAUGGAACUCCUCAACUUUAUUCUAAGUGGCAUCCAAAAAGCUGCAGUGCUGAGAGUGGAUGCUUAGAAGACUCUCUCAGAUCAGCCAGGAUGUAUCAAACUGCCGGGGUUUGAUCAGCAAAAUGAAACAGGGGCUGGUCUGCCCCCGCAGGUACGUCACCAAUCGAGCCAGCAGUUAGUUGCCAAGCUGUCACUGGAACAACCCUUAAAUCUCCUGGCUUAAAAAAUAACC